AUGGAAGAGAAAUCAAUAAUGGCGGGCGUGGACAGGUUGAUGGAUGAUGAUGAUGUGGCGGUCAUUGACGAUGACAGCAAAGAGCAGGCAGCAGACACUACCACUACCACUACUGGUGCGACCAACACAGGCAUCAACAACAAAAGCGGGGGCUUUGGAUCUGGAUCGGGAUUCUUGACCAAAACAAGAUCCCUUUCGGACGGCGGCGCAAAAGAAACACCAAAGCUCUCGCCAGCACCGCACAUCUUCAGCGAUCCACGACGGCAGUCCCAGGAUGAUAUUGCCAUCCGGGACAACAAAGAACGAGUGGCAGACGGCAACGCUUUCUCUGCGCAACCAUCAACUCCCGUCCGCGCGGGGUUCCCAAUCAGAGGCCUAACGCUGCAACUACCCCAGCUUGGUGAAGGCGAUGCACUCCAUCUUUCACAUCUCCAACAACACCCGCAGGUGCAUGUCAACCACCUGAACCUCAAUGCCACUUCGCCAUCGGCAGCACAUUCACAAUCCCAUUCCCACUCCCACUCCCAGCUGCAGUCCCAACAACAACAACCAUCAUCCACCCCUGCGGGAGCGCCCGCCUCGACCUCCACCUCUUCCGCCCACGUCAAACCCGCUGCCCCUGCCCCGCUCUCACCAAAGCUUGACCAUUCGCACAUCUACGCCUCGCCCUCUCCAAACAUCCUGCCUCGUCGGUCACGCGGUCUGGACUUCAGCCGCGCAGCCACUACACUUCACCAUUCCACCGUUGUCGACCAGGCCUCGCCCAGCUCCUCUCCUACCAUUGGGUCCAGGGCCAUGAACAUUCCCGCCGGCCCUGGGCGAUGGCCCGGCGAACAUGGCACCACCAUGGAGCAAACGUCAAACUCGCUGUGGUCCGUCAUGGGCAAUCGCGCUCACGAGCGCAUGCAUGUGUCAAGCUCCCUAGGCAGUAACGCCCACACGUCCCAUGCCCUAUUCACCGAUACCUCGUCCAGUUCGGAUGACGAUGACAUCAUGGACGAGGACAUGGAGGAAUCCAUUGUCACCACGCCGUCAGCAAACAAGAUGGCCAUGGGCGGCCAACACCCAUGGAUGCCCGGCGGUAGCUCGCCAGCAGUUAACAGCCUACUGAGCUUCCAGCAACGUCAGCGCAGGAAACAACCAAAGAGCAGGAAACACAAGACGCCGCUGGGCUUGGGCUUCCAUCCAACAACUCCCAUGGGCGCAACCACGUCCAUGUCUCCGCCACAAGGCUUGGACGGCCCGCAGCCCAGGAGGGAGAGCAUCAGUUGGGCCGCCAACCAGUUGCAUAUCUCCGGUAGUGAGAGUGAUGAUCCUAGCAGGCAGCUUGAAGCGGUCGACAGCCCGUCCCGACCAGGAGUCAUCCGGCGGACUGUGACCCGUCAUAGGGGAAACUUGCUGCCCAAGACCAAGGGUUUCGCCCGCAUCCGCGCUGCCCUUCUCGAGGAGAGCGCACCUAUCGAGGCCGAAGUCAAGCGUGAAGCCGAAGUCGUCCGACAAGUACGAGAGAGCGACAUGGAUCUGGAACCUAGGUUACCAACCUCCGCCUUAACCAGUCCCAACCUGACUGCGGCCCAAGACAGCAUGGACGACGUCGACGCGAUGAUGAUGAUGGACUCGAAUGGAAGCAGCAGUGGCAACGGCAACACAACGCCUGGCGCUAUUCCAGGCGGCAUACCUGGCAGUAGUAGCUUCAAACAGCAGGUCCUGAAGAAUUCCAAGGGCAAAAUGUUUUGGGACACGUUUUCGGAGAGUGGGGCAAGCAGCAACGGGAUGCGAACACCGCCAAACUUUGGACUACCGAGGGGCUCAUCAUCAGCCAUGAGCAUCGAUGACAUGAGCAUCGACUCGCCGUCUUCGAAAUCCGAGAGCCAACCGAAGCAAGGCCCUACGCCUUUCGCCCUACCGCCACCCGGAAAUCCACCAACAACAUCCUCAUCCUCUUCUACCACACUAGCCAGCACAAGCUUUCCAGGCGCCACGAACGGUGUUCCGACAGCAGCCGAAAUUACGCGCCGAAUUAACAACAAGCGACGCCGCGACGACGACCUCGACCCUAUGAGUUUCAAACGACGAGCCGUGAGCCCCGGCAUGGGCUCGCCGAUCAUGCAGAGUCCGAUGCAGAGGGACCACGCACCCUGGGGCCCAAGUUCAUCACGACCGGGUAGUGUGAAUGGGGACGGGGUAAGACAACAACAAGAAAAUCACCAUAAUGGUAAUACCGUGGUGGGAGGAGCUACUACGCCAGUCCACGGAAGACCCAGCUUCAGCACAGGCAAGAGGGUUGGGCUUCAAGGGAUGGUGGACACGAAUGAUGGGAUUACACGGCUCAGCAUCGAAUAG